GUAAAAGUAGGUAUGUUUUGUCUGUUAUUCUGUUUGAAAGAAGAGUAGACGUGUAUAAGGUUAUCACAGUUUUACGCAGUUAUUUAAUAAAGUGUAGUGGGAUGAUAACACCUGUUUCAUGUGUUUUUGAACGUAGAUAUGAGACAUGAACAUAUUUCACUGUAUAACGAUAAGGCAGCUAUAUCCUGCUAUAUAUGGUUAUCAAUGUUGACCUGACGAGAUAUUGUAUGCAGUUCUCCAGUAAUGUUUGUAACACCAUAUCAAUAGGCUGUUUAAAAUCAUUUUGGUAGGUUGAAGUGGUAACGAUAUCCCAGACUUUACAAAGAACAUUUGGGUCCAGACUCCGCAGUGGUACAGAUUGCAUCGAAAUAACUUGUGAAAUGGACGAAGAAACAAAUGCUCCAAAAGCUGCACCUAUAAAGACUGAAAACGUUUCUGGUGAUAGCCAUUUAGCGUGUGCAUCUCCUGACAACGCCAGCAGUCUUACGAUUGACAGCGACGAUGAUUUUUCCAAUGAAAACGAGGAUGAAAAUUUUGAGGCUUGGCGAGCGACGGAGAGACGGUUAUCUACAGCGAACGACAGCGAAGUAUAUGAUUGUGAAGAAGACCUUGGUAUUAAUAUGGAAAACAAAAAUACCCAAAGAAAGACAGAUACGGAUAUUCGGAUUUUCAUAACAUAUCUUAGAUCGAUCAACGAAUUCCGGGGACCAGAGUUGGUCCAACCUGUUCAUCUCGAUAGAUACCUGUCAGCAUUUUUCUCAGUAGUUAAAAAACACGACGGCAACGAGUACGAGCCCGCCAGUUUAAGAGGAAUGCUCUGCAGUGUAGAACGAUAUCUUAAACUGAAGAAUUAUCCACAAUCUGUCACCAGGGAUUGUGUUUUCAUAGGCACCAGAAAUGCUUUAAAAUACAAACAACAGAAACUAAGGGAACUUGGUAAAGGCAGCAAAAAGCAACCGGAACCAUUCGGUCGACUAACCUUGGAAAAGGUCAACCAUUUGUUUUCUGCACAUGAAAUGGGUCCAUACACUCCGAUGUCAGUGAUAAAUACACUUUGUUUCUUGUUUAUUGUUCAUUUUAGAUUAAGGAAAGCUAUAGAUCACAAAAAUCUUCUGUGGGGUGAUAUCAAACUCAAGACUAACCAAAACGGAAAGAAGUACAUGAUUUAUGAACCAGUAGAUGUCCAAAACUCUAUAGCGCAUAGUAAAUAUGAUCACCAUGGAAACAGGUUGUGUAUCUGGGAACAACCGGAAAUUCCCGAAAGAGACCCAGUUGCAAUAUACAAACUAUAUGAAGAGAAAAGACCACAAAAUAUGAAAUAUGAAAAUUCUCCAUUCUAUCUAGGCAUAACUAGUAUGCAGCCUAUUCCUUUGCAGUCAUGGUAUCGAACAUGCGCGAUGGGAGUCAACAAAUUAAGUGAUCUUGUCCGAAUGAUUCGCGAUAUAACCGGUCUUCCCCGUGCAACUAUGAAUGCCCCUACAGAGUUCAUACUGUCCGAGAGUUAUGGAAUGGUGUCCAGCUCAAAACAAGAUAAAGUUCAAUCUAAUUCUUCCAUGCAGGACACAGACCCUAAACAUUCAAAAAUAUUUUGUCAGACAUUUGAUUCGCCAACGCUUGUACCGGACAGAGUGAAAACAGAAAUCGAUUUAUCUGACAAGGACAUGAAUGAUAGGCCGACACUUUGUUCUCGACUUUCCGUAGAUAGUUACCAGAAUGACGUGAAUAGUGAGGAUACUGGUAGAGAUAUGAAUGGUCAACUGUCCGACGAAACUGAGGAUUCGGACACUGUUGAAGAAAUAUACGGUACAAGGAUGCUGUCAUUGAUUGAUGCAAAAACAAAAGUCAGAGAACUACUGCAGAGAUUGGAUGAAGAUGACAGGAUGGAACUCAAAAAAUGGACCAGGAGAUUAAAUAUCAACACAUUAGAAGCUUCAGAAACCGAAGAAGCGACUCACGCAGAUGUCAAACCAGAGACUGCGACAUCAAACACAUCCUUUCCAUCAAUCACACUAAAUAUUAAAAUAUCUCCUGACGCGUUAACGGGAGGCAAUCCACUAUCUGUAGUUGCCGACUUUAAACCCGUGAAUGAACCAAGUCAGCCUCUUGUAAGACCAUCGGGUGAAAAACGGAAAGCUGAUACAACAGAAAAUGAUGGCAAGCGCUUGAAAGACAUUGACAGUAGAACUCCGAUGAAUUUAACUUUCGAAAGUUCAAAACGUCUACUUGACAAAGGUUCAAAAACAUGUGAGAAAUAUAAAAAUGUCGGAAGAAUGCCAGGUAGCUCAGGCAACACAGCAGUUGUGUUUCCACGAUCAGACAAAAUAAACUCAGAAGCCGUCAGUGUUAAAAGUCAAAACAAUCCAAACUGCGAAAGUAUUACUUCUAAUGGCAACAAAACUGGUACAAAAAUAAUGCCAAGACACCAAAGCAAUUCUGAAAAUCUAGGAUAUAUUGUUCCAAUAUCAUAUCCAUACAUUGGACCAAAUUGCUUUUCUCAAGAUCCAAGGGUGCUGAUGAAUGCUGCAAAUGUCAUUCCACAAAUGGCUCAUUCGGGUGCAAAUACUCCGUUUUCAUUUAUACAGUCUACUUUCGGUAGGAGUGCACCAAAGGCACCGAAUCAACAAGAUAUGGACAAUAAUAAUGAAAGAUUUGGUUGACAGAUUUACUAGUACAUUGAUUUGAAAAUGAAAUUCGUUUACACGACUGGAUGUUCAUGAAAGAAAUGCACCAUGUUCUUAUAUAAUUUGAAUGUCUGAAAAUAGUUAACUAUUUA